UGAGCACAAUAAAUUGACAGCUAAAAGAAUUCAGCAUCCUUCUAUUUCUCCUUUUGCAUACAAUUUAUAUUCAUUUACAUUGCAAGAAAAUGGCAGGCAUCAAACGUAAAGCUGAAAUUCCAAUUGUUGACGAGAACGACCUGUUGAAGAUUACACCGCUGGGUGCAGGAAACGAAGUUGGCAGAUCUUCCAUUUUAUUGGAAUACAAAGGGAAAACUAUCUUGCUAGAUGCCGGUAUCCACCCAGCUUAUAAUGGAUUGGCUUCUCUACCGUUUUUCGAUGAGAUUGAUCCUGCAAGUAUUGAUGUACUCUUGGUCACUCACUUUCACGUUGAUCAUGCGGCAGCAGUACCCUAUGUUAUGGAGAAAACUACAUUUAAAGGCCGUGUGUUCAUGACGCAUCCUACAAAAGCUAUUUAUAAAUGGCUAAUGAACGAUUACUUACGUAUUAGUAAUAUUGGCGAUGAAGAUCAGCUGUAUACGGAAGAGGACUUACUUAAAUCAUUUCAUCGAAUCGAAGCUGUCGAUUAUCAUCAGCAAGUAGAAGUAGAGGGCAUCAAAUUUACAAGCUUUAACGCUGGACAUGUGUUAGGUGCUGCAAUGUUCCUAAUUGAAAUAGCUGGUGUUAAAGUACUCUAUACGGGUGAUUAUUCAAGAGAAGAAGAUCGCCAUCUGAUGGCAGCUGAGAAGCCCGAGGGAUCAGUGGAUGUAUUGAUCACAGAAAGUACUUACGGUGUACAAAGUCAUGAACCAAGAAUAGCCAAAGAAAAGCGAUUUACCUCGUUGGUUCACAAUAUCGUCGGUAGAGGAGGCCGUUGUUUGAUGCCUGUAUUUGCAUUAGGCAGAGCACAAGAAUUAUUACUAAUUUUGGAUGAAUAUUGGGAAGCGCAUCCAGAUUUAGACAGUAUACCUAUUUAUUAUGCUUCUAGUUUGGCUAAAAAAUGUAUGGCUGUGUAUCAGACCUAUAUCAACAUGAUGAAUGCUCGUAUACGCAAACAGUUUGCCGUUUCCAAUCCAUUUGUCUUUAAGCAUAUUAGCAAUCUCAAAAAUGUAGAACAGUUUGAAGAUUCUGGGCCGUGUGUCAUCCUGGCAAGUCCUGGUAUGCUUCAGAAUGGUCUCUCAAGAGAACUGUAUGAACGAUGGGCUCCUGACAAGAGAAAUGGUUUAGUGAUUACUGGUUAUUGUAUCGAAAAUACUCCAGCAAGGCAAGCAAUGAAUGAACCGGCUGAUUUCCAAGCAAUGGACGGCCGUAAAAUACCCUUAAGAAUGUCCGUUGAUUACAUUUCUUUUUCAGCGCACGUCGAUUUCACUCAAAACAGUAAAUUUAUUGAAGAAGUCAAAGCCCCUCAUGUUAUCCUUGUUCAUGGCGAAGCAAAUGCUAUGUAUCGUUUAAAAUCAGCUUUACAAAGCAAAUAUUCAGAAAGAGAAGAAAAUGUUACCGUUUACACACCUAAGAACUGCGACACAGUCAAACUUCAUUUCCGUGGCGAAAAGAUGGCCAAAACGAUCGGUCGAUUAGCUGAAAAAUAUCCCACAGAGAACCAGCCAUUGAAUGGCGUAUUGGUUGUGAAAGACUUUCAAUUGAACAUUAUGAGUUCGGAAGAUUUGAAUGAAUUGGGUGGAUUGAUCACUACUGUUGUUACGCAACGUCAAGUAGUAACCUUCAAUGCUGGUAUCAAUCUGCUGAAGUGGCAUUUAGAAAUGAUGUUCGGACAAGUAUCAGAAACUGAUCUUUCAAAAGUGGAAGACCAACAGCAAGGAACUGUUCUUCGCGUACUGGAUACAAUUGAUAUCAAACAUAACACGGCCAAUUCCAAUCAGAUCAUGUUGGAAUGGGUCGGGAAUGCAAUGAAUGAUAUGGUAGCAGAUUCCGUUUUAGCUGUUAUCUUAUCCAUUGAUAGUUCGCCAGCUAGUGUGAAAGUAAGUUCACAGCCAUGUUCUCACAGCCAUGAUGCACCUUCUGAAAAGAACCAUGAUGAAUUGAGCGAGUCGGAGAAGUUGGAUCAAGAGUUUUUGGAUGUAGCAGCAUUCUUAGAAGCACACUUUGGAGAGAACGAAAUAGAUUUAGAUGAGAAAGAGAAAAGAAUCAACGUGAUGUUGGAUGGUAUUAAGGCAACUGUCGAUACUGUUAAAUUUGUAAGUAUGAUGAACCAAAUGUUUAUGAUGAGGAAAAGAAGCAUACAGUUCAACUUACAUUGAUUUAAUAGUCUGUACAAUCCGAGGAUGAAGCAUUCAAAAACCGCGUGGCAGACAUCUUGAACAGGGCCAAAAUGGCUAUCAAACCGAUAUCUGAGGUCUUUGAAUGUUAUGCGUAGUUGUUUUGUAAUGCGAUUCGGAAUUCUGUUUAUCAAAAUUGCACUGCUCUCUUUUUAGAGUUAGCCUACUUACUCUAAUAAAAGUAUCGAUUAUGCAUCGUUUUAUUUAUGCUUUAUACAACUGAAUAUAACCAGAGCUUAUCUAUUGAACUCAUCGCUUUUACAUGAAGUGACGGUCGUCUGAACGCGUUUUUGAAUGCUGACUGAGUUUUAUUCGUGCCUUUUCUUUUUUCUUUUGAGAUUUGUUCA